AUGUCUUCCUCCUCCUCCCAACACCGACUCCAGUUCCCCCAGGCCCAACAGGCCCAAAUCAUCAGAGCGAACCAGAGGGACAUAUUCCAUGUAGCAUCGUUAAAGGAGCAGGCCGAGGCAGUCUUGCGGUCUUGGUUAGGGACAAGGUGGCUGCAAAGAUGGGACAAGGAACUGGAUGCAACCAUCAGGCUCAUUUACUACGGGUUAACCACAGGGAGAGCAACGCAAACCCUGGGUGAAGAGUACACUGAUAUAUGGCAAUACGACUCACGGCGGACACGAUUCCCUCCAACUUCAUUACUGCGGCUCAAUCUCAUUGCAUUGAAUGUCCUUCCUCCUUAUAUCUUAGCCAAACUCACCAGCAAUGCCAGUCUCGGCGCUCGACGACCAGAACUCAUGUCAUGGCUCAAGUCGCUGACAAAGGUGUUAUCAGUCGUGAGCGAGGUCAAUCUUGCCCUAUUUUAUCUUAGGGGUUCCUAUUACGAUCCAGUGAAGCGGUUGCUGGGAAUCAAGAAUCUAUCGUCUCUACCGGAGAAUCCGCAUACAAGGCCGCCUUCAUACUCCCUCCUUGGGGUGAUGAUCGGCGCCCGCUUACUUUACCGACUCGUCCAGGCGCUACAGCCAGUUACCCCGGAGGCAAAACCAACCAAGGCUACCGGAGGCGCCGCUUCAGACACCUUUUUGGACGACCGGUCGAUCGAGACCGUCAUUCGAAUGCAGAAUGUCGAAGACCAGCCGUUAAUAGAUGCCGAAGAUGACGAGGGGACUGUACUUGAUAUUGCAGCAAUUCCGUCACAGACGAGACAGUCCAGGAGUUGUACUCUAUGUCUCGAAGAGAGAACCAACAGUUCUCUCACCGAAUGCGGACAUUUGUUUUGCUGGAACUGUAUUGUAGGUUGGGGACGGGAAAAGCCCGAAUGUCCCCUUUGCCGCCAAGCUCUGUCUCUUUCGAAGCUGCUGCCUAUACACAAUCUGUAA